AUGGGUACCGAUGAGGGUCUGCAGAUCAUCACAUACUCCACGAAGAAGCACGUCGACGCGACUACCCUCAGCCGGAUCCGCAGUCAUGCUCAGCAUCAUGUGCAGAGUCAGAGGGGUCGUGGCAAGGGGACCCGCGCGUCCACUCCACAUGCAAGGAAUCCUUCGGCCCAGAAAGGCACCAUGUCCACGUUCUGCAGCACCCUCGACUUUGAUUCCUGCAAGGAUCCACCCAAGAAAGUAAAGUCAACGAGACGAGUAAAACCACGAAAGUCGAUCGUACCUGAAGAGCCCUUGGACAUUGACAUCAGCCCGUCACCGAUUUCACAAAUCCUCGGCACAGCCUUCGAACCAUUCGACACUUUUCCCGUCGUGCUCGAUAGUGACUUCAUCUCUCUAUUCGAGCGCUAUCAUCGAGCAUGGAAGUGGAAACAAUCGAAAGCGGACUUGUUUCAAGAGACAGUUAGCAACGCUACGCUUUGCCAUAGCUGGCUUGCUAUCGCGAACACCUUGACUCAGAAAAAGGAAGUCAAAGCUAUCGAACAUGAGAUCAAGACAAUCGACAUCGUCUAUGCUGGCCUGGAAAGACUACCGACCCUCUCCGCCGCCGACCGCGAUUCGGAAGGGCUGUCUUUGACUUGGGCGAUUGUACGUCUGGCUCUCAUCAAGGCCAACCAAGGAGACCUGGACGAGGUCGUGAACCAUCUCAACGCUCUUGCCACCAUCGCACCUUCAAGAGAAGCCAUCGAACAAGCCAAGUUCGGUGACCACAUCCAGUGCACAAUCGCCAUCCUGCUGCUCUUCAACGUCGGGCAGAUGGAACGGAUUGACCCCGCAAUGCGCUAUCCCUACGGUUAUCAGGAGACUUCCGCACUUGAAGAAGUCGAAGCACUGGGUUUCAUGCUACCUGCAUCUUGCCCUCUGCUCCAAUCACCCGUGACUGGCUUGAUCAAGGAGCAGAUUUUGGAUGCUCUGAAAGCACUUACAGCACUUUGUCAGAUGCUACCCAAUCACGAUGCACCGUACGGCUAUCCCACCGUCCACAACAAAGAACAAGCGAUCGGCUGCAUGAAGAUCGGUCAGCGGUUGGCCAACUUCGAAAUGCAAGAUCAUCUGGAAGGCCCUGCGGAAUGGCGAGACCAGCUCCAAGGCUGCCUGACCUUUAGCGCGCUGAUUUUCGUUUGGUGCUUUGGUCGCCGCAAGGAUGCCACACCUACAGCUAUUGCAUAUGUUCGGGACGAAGUGCGUCGGAAGUUGACCCCGGAGCUGAUAUGUCGCGCCGUUCGCGAAGUCGGCAGAAGCCAGCCUCUCGUCGACCUAAUGCUAUGGAUGUUAAUCGUUUGCGGAUCCACUUCCGCAACACCGGACGACAAGUUGUACUACUCUGGCCUCAUCCGUGUGCUCGCACCAGAUUUCCUUGAACGUAGCUUCGAGGAGCUAGAAACAUGGGGGCGGCAGAUGCCGUGGAUCAGGGGUCAUUAUAACUCGCCUGUAGAGGAGUUUUGGGAUUUUAGUACGGGAAGGGCGACAGAUGACGCGGUCAAGAGAGCCAAGUACCUCGAGCUUCUCGGGCAGGAGCGCGAGCGGUGUCCUAGUAUACUUCAAUAA